AUGGACACAAAAGACACUAACCAAGAAAGGACAGCAGAAGCAACAGAGAACGGCAAUAAUGCUAGUGAUAGUAACAAUAGUAAUAAAAAUAGCAAUAAACCACAUCGACCUCUAAGUAUACAUCGGCCGCACUCUCACAGGACAGCAGAAAAAACAAAGAGCAACAAGAAUACGCCAGUAGGCAGCCCAUGGGGUCGUCACGACCAAGAAAUACCUUAUAAUGGCGGCGGCAGCAGCAACAACAACAGCAACGUAAAUAUUAAUCAUGAUGGAUCUUAUGAUUAUCGUUCACCAUAUGGGCGACGUCACACUUAUGGCCGUUAUGAACAUGAUAGGCCAUUGGGAGGUGAUGAAACGAGAGGUCAUCAAAAUGCCCGAGUAUCUUAUGGGGGCAAAUACCAAGGAUAUUAUGAUUAUUAUGGAGGAGCAGGAGGUGGGGCUGGUUAUGGCUAUGACCAUGAUGACCAAUAUUACGAAAAUCGGAGUCAAUCACGAUAUUCACAUAAACGUCGCUCGAAAUCUUCCAGCUAUAUUGAUUCUUAUCUAGCAGAUGAACAUCAUGAGAAACACCAAUCACAACAUCAACUAGUGAAACACCAAUCACAACAUCUACAAGAGAAACACCAAUCACAUCAACAACGACCAGAGAAACAGGAAGAAAAAUCAGAGAAACCACCAACUCCGGAGUUCAUCACUACCACUAGCACAGAAAUUACAGUCACCCCAGCAGUUACCCCAUCAACUGAGCCCGAAACAACAGAUCCAGCAAACUUAAAUGAAACCAAAAAUACAAAAGUCGCGCCACCAAUUAUUAAGGCAUUUCACACUGGAAAACCGAAUGGCAAGAGAUUGUUGUUACGGUUUAUGCAGUUUCUUUCGAGUGCUGGUGCGUUUGGCUUUAUUGUGGGUGCUCCGAUUUAUUCUGGGGAAACCAUACCUUUCACUGAUAAAUUUGCAGUUAUUUGUCUUUAUGGACUAUCAAUAAUUUCUACACUAGUAUCGCUGUAUACUCUAGUAAUAUAUUGUAUUCGACGUUUUAAACAUGGGGAGAAACUUAAACGAUGGCUAUUGCUAGUGGUAGAUAUGAUAUUUGCGUUAAUGUGGGGUGCGGAUGUGAUGAUAUUAAUUGGAACGAAUCGUUGCACUCCUGGUGAUCAUAAUCAUUGGUGA